AUGAAGUAUUUCAGCCUUGCCUCCGUCGCCCUCCUCGGCGCUGCUACUGUCUCCGCUGGCCCUCUUGGUAUCCGCGAGGAUAUCGGCCAAUGUCCUAAGGGCUAUACUGUGAGCGUCUACUACAAGACCAUCUACCCCGAAUCGACUGCGUUCGCUACUGUCGAGUCUACUGUGGCUCCAUCGUCUACCGCUGCUCUCGUUCAGUCUGUGAGCCCUGUGGCUGCGGUUGAGGUCUCUUCUUCGACUACCACUUCUUCGGCUCCUGUUGCUGAGACCACUGCUGCUGAGGCCGCUGUCGUCCAGACCUCUGCUGUCGAGUCCGCUGCAGUUAUCAAUCUCAUCUCUCCUUCUUCAAUUGGGACCACCGCUGCUGCUGAGACCACCGCUGCCCCGGUUGUUGCUCAGGUUCCUACUUCGUCGGUUGAGACUACCACCGCUGCCGAGACUGCCGCCGCAGCUGUAAUUGCCCAAAUUCCCACCAUUUCGGCCGAAGCUGCUGCCGUCGAGACUACUGCGGCACCUGUUGUGAAGGCUGUAAGCACCACUUCUACCACCUCCUCGUCAAGCUCUGGAGAAAACUCUGGCUCAGCCACCUUCUACGGCGGCAACGUGUCCGGCGGAACAUGCUCGUUCUCCAGCUACACCCUGCCAAGCACCCUCUUCGGCACAGCCCUUUCAGCCGAUCGAUGGGACAACGCCGCCAACUGCGGCUCCUGUGUCUCAGUCACCGGCCCGAACGGUAAAACCAUCAAGGCUAUGGUCGUUGACCAAUGCCCCGAAUGCGAAAGCAACCACCUGGACCUCUUCCAGUCAGCCUUCGCUGAACUGUCUGACAUCUCUGCCGGCGUGAUCAACAUCGACUGGUCCUACGUCUCUUGCGACCUCGACGGCCCCAUCAAGCUCAAGAACAAGGAGGGUACAUCUGCCUACUGGUUCUCCAUGCAGGUCAUCAAUGCCAACGAGGCUGUCACCAAGCUUGAGGUCAGUACCGAUGGUGGUAGCUCGUGGAAGAGCACUACCCGUACUUACUACAACUACUUCGAGGACUCGUCUGGGUUCGGUACGGAUACUGUUGAUGUGCGGGUUACCGGAUCUAGCGGUAAGACUGUUGUUGUUAAGAAUGUUGGCUGUGCCUCUGGCUCUGAGGUUACUGCUUCGUCGAACCUUUCCUAG